UCUUUUCUUUUCUUACAGGAGUCUCCGGAUCUUUCGGAGCUUACCAACCAGAGAAUUGGAAAGGUGGGUGAAAUGGUACAGAAUGGUAGUGCGGUAAUUAACGUGGCAGUGUCUUGAUCACAGCGAGUGAGAAAAUGGGUUUAUGAACACAAACAACAGUGACAACUAAUCAGAAUCGAAUGGAAGCUUUGAAUUUAAGCUACUGCUCCUGCGUUGGUUCGUCACGUCUGACGUCUUCACGAGAUCUUUUAAACUCCUUUUGUCUUUCUACCAAGAAGAAAAUCACAAUCAAAUUCUCUAACACAGGCGCUUUUUCGCUUAAGAAUCAAGCUUUCAUUUCAUUGAGAAGACCCAGAAGUAGAACAAUAUCAGCAGCAAUGGCAACUGGAAGUGUGAGAGAGGUUCUUCCACCAGCUCUUGAUUCUACCUCAGAGCCACCCCCACUGUUUGAUGGAACAACAAGGCUGUAUAUAUCUUACACUUGCCCAUAUGCGCAGCGUGUGUGGAUUACCCGAAAUUGUAAGGGAUUGCAGGAGAAGAUCAAAUUGGUUCCUAUUGAUUUGCAAAAUAGGCCUGCUUGGUACAAGGAGAAAGUCUACCCAGCAAACAAGGUGCCAUCUCUGGAACACAAUAAUGAAGUGAAAGGAGAGAGUCUGGAUUUGAUCAAAUACAUUGACAGUAACUUUGAAGGGCCUUCACUGUUCCCUGAUGAUCCUGCCAAGAGGGAGUUUGCAGAAGAGUUGCUGGCCUACACUGACUCAUUCAGUAAAGCUGUGAUGACUUUAUUGAAGGGUGAUGGAGUAGAUGAAGCUGGUGCUGCCUUUGAUUACAUUGAGAUGGCUCUCUCCAAAUUCGAGGAUGGACCUUUUUUCCUUGGCCAGUUCAGUCUGGUAGAUAUAGCAUAUGCUCCAUUUGUUGAGAGAUUUGUGCCGUUCUUACGGGAGGUGAAGAAGUAUGAUGCGAUGGCAGGCAGGCCAAAACUGGAAGCAUGGUUUGAGGAGUUGAGCAAGAACGAAGGAUUCCAGCAAACUCGGCGUGAGCCAAAGGAGCUUGUUGAAGCCUACAAGAAACGCUUUGCGGUAUUUCCUGCACUAUGAUAUAAAAUUUCAACGUUCUAACGUUUGAAAAGAAGCACAAUGGUGGUGACUAAUUUGCAUUAUUCCCAAUCCAUUUCCUUGCAGGCUCACCUCUGAAACCCUCUGGAAGAUACAUGACCUCAAGAACUAGCUUCCUUUUUUGUCCUAAAAUUCAGAUUCCAUGCAUGCUGUGGUGUAGUAGUAGAUAUACUGGUCCCUAGUGGCUGUAAUCUGCUCAAGUAUUUGUUUGUUAAAAGUCCACACGUAAACUCUAAUAUAUAACAACCGCCUACUGGAAAA